AUGGGUGGUCCUGGUAUUAUUGAUGGUCAACCACAUACUGAAACAGAUAAUUUCCAAAAAUGUUCAUUCAAAAUUAAGGAUAUUGAGUAUUACAGUGCGGAAAAUUAUUUUCAAGCUCAAAAAGCGACAAACCCACAAGAUCAUGAUCGUGUAAGACAAUCGGGAUGUGGCGCAGAUGUUUGGAUGGCUGGUUCUGGCAUUAAACUUCGUCCCGAUUGGGAAUCUGUUAAAGUACAAGUUAUGUAUGAAGGAAACAAGGCAAAAUUUGAUCAAAAUCCAAAUUAUGCUGAACAAUUAAAGAAUUCAAAGGGAAGAGUCACGUUUGCAGUAUCGUCACCAUUUUGGAACAAAUGGAACGGUUUGAUUAUGGAACGAAUACGAGCAGAAAUAAGACAAAAUGGUAAAGAAGAUGAAGAGACUGCGAAAGAGAUUAAAGCUAAAAUGGACAAAUAUAAGGAAGAGAAUUGA